AUGUAUAAUAGGCAACACGUUGAGGGAUUUGAUCAACCUCAUCCACAGUAUCCUUCGUAUGGUUACAACGAUUGCUACAACUGGAGCGGUGCCCGGUGGGUGCAGGCUGCAGAAGGUGUUAUACCGCCGGAUGCGGUUGUCGGCGGGUUCGUAGGAGAAACGACCUACAUUGGACGAGCAAAGCACGGCAAAUCGAUCGUACCGGGACGAGUGAUUCCUUCGCGGAAGGCUUGUUUGAUCGGUCACGAUCGUGCAGAAGUCGCGAAACACGAUUACCAGGUGCUGUGUGGAUUCGAGGGAAAAUUUGUACAAACCUCUGCCGGAUACGUUCCGGUCGGUGCCCUGCAAGCCGGUGUAACAAAAAGUGGAAAACCCAUGUACAUUGGAUUGGUACGAUUAGGAUUGUUGACGAUUGUUGGACGAAUAGUGCCGGAAGACUUUUGCUGCUAUGCCAUGGUGCAGAAGUUUGAGAGAAGCUUCAAGGAUUAUGAGAUAUUUGUAUCGCUGGCGGAGUAUCCAUAUCCGUCCUAG